AUGACAAAUGGCAGUAAGGAAGAGGGUAAGGACACGGACAUAGAGGGAGAGGGUAAUGACCUACAGGGAGAGGGUAAUGACCUACAGGAAGAGGGUAAGGACCUACAGGGAGAGGGCAUGGACCUACAGGGAGAGGGUAAGGACCUACAGGACCUACAGGGAGAGGACAUUCAAACAGCCCAACCAACAAAUAUAGAGAAACAUCACAACUUUUCUACAUCUAACACUGCUCAUAACUGUGGUUUAGAGUUCCAGCCCCUACCCUCUCCCCCUCGCUCCUCUCUGCCCUCUCCCCCUCGCUCCUCUCUGCCCUCUCCCCCUCGCUCCUCUCUGCCCUCUCCCCCUCACUCCUCUCUGCCCUCACCCCCUCACUCCUCUCUGCCCUCUCCCCCUCGCUCCUCUCUGCGCUCCGGCCGCUCUCCAACCCACUCCAGAGACAGAGGCCGGGUGUCCUUCGCUCAGGACUUUUCCAGUGACAACAACACCUCUGAUGUGUUAACACCUGACCCUCAGAACCUCCAGCCCAACCUCCAGCCCAACCUCCAGCCUAACCUCCAGCCUAACCUCCAGCCUAACCUCCAGCCCAACCUCCAGCCUAACCUCCAGCCCAACUUCCAGCCCAACCUCCAGCCCAACCUCCAGCCCAACCUCCAGCCUAACCUCCAGCCUAACCUCCAGCCCAACCUCCAGCCCAACCUCCAGCCCAACCUCCAACCUAACCUCCAGCCCAACCUCCAGCCUAACCUCCAGCCUAACCACCAGCCCAACCUCCAGCCCAACCUCCAGCCUAACCUCCAGCCCAACCUCCAGCCUAACCACCAGCCCAACCUCCAGCCUAACCUCCAGCCUAACCUCCAACCGUAUGAUACCCAACUGGGCAGGGGACAGGCACCAUGGACCCCUCCAUUGGGGACAGACCCAGAGCCACAAGACCCAGUACAGGCCCCAAAAGCCUGGGCCCCUGAGUGCAGCCAUGCCCAUUGGCCCUCCCUCUCCUCCAGCUUGACUCCAGUACUCCAGCCCCUGGCUUCACCACCUCCCAGAGAUACAGACUUGGAGGCCCGGACCAGCAGACUGCUGAGGCUCACCUCAGACCUGUAUGUAGCCACUCACCGAUCAGACGACUCCACUGUCCUCCGGCGGUUCUCUGAAGGGGCCAGUCGGUGUCAGAGUCCAGCCCCACGGAGUGUCUCUGUGGACAGGCUGCUGGAUCACCAGAGCCCCAGGCUUCAGCAGGCCUCCAGGAUACAACAUGGAGGAUCUCCCCAGAGACAGAGCAUGGAGCAGGGCUGUCUGGCUGCUCUUACUCCCCCUGGUCAGAGCUCCAGACUAGGGCUUAGUGACUACCGCUCUGUGCCCAGGACUCCAUCACCUCAGCCUGGGGUGGCAGAGCUCUCCUCCUCCCUGAGAGGACUCCUGAACCUGGUGGAUCAGCACUGGGCUGGCACACGCUCCCUCCACCUCAACCCCAGCUUCCUGGGCCAGGCCUACGACCUGCUCUCUGCACUGGGAUCACCUCCUGCUACUUCCUGUCUGACAGAGACAGAAGAAAAGAGAGAAGGACAGAACAGAGGAGGACAAGAACAGAGUGAGAGUCAUGUUGAUGUGACUCCACAGUGCAGUGAGGUAGCUCUCCUGAAGAGGAAGCUGUCCUUCACACAACAGCAGCUGGAAUCCCUGAAGAAAAGGCUUGUCGAGGCACUGAAAGAAAACUACAACUUGAGACUAACCAGCCUAAAGCAGGACUCUUCCACCACUGCAGAGACCAACUGUGGCAGGCAUUGGGACAGGUGUCUACAGAGACAGGUGCUAGCUCUGAGAGAGCAGGAGACACACCUGAGACAACUGGAGCAGACCAUAGUGCUUCUACAGGGCAAUCACAGGUCUUUGGUGUCCAAUAAUAACUGUCUGUUGGGACAUCUAAAUGAACACAUAACAGAACAAACGGAGUCCAGAGUCCAGAGAAUCCAGCCAGCAGACUAAUCUAAUGAGUUCAACAUUGAACAUCAAUUCAAGCCUUUGUCAAGAUGUGUACUGCGUUCUAAUGACUAGAGCCUACUCUGUAAACUGUGUAGGCUAUGUUUGGCAUACUGUGAAAUCACAUUGAAAAUGUAUUUGUAAUAUACCGGCAAGAUAACGUUAGUUAUCAUAAUACACUUUUCUGUAUUGUCAUUUGUGUAAUUAGAUGAUAAAUAAAGCGAUGUUUUUUUCACAGUG